UCAGUAGUUUCCAAGUAAUAUCAAAGAGUGCAAUGAAAUACUAAAAUUUCGAAAUUAAGUUUUGGAUUUUCAGAAUGAAUCCUAUUUGAUAAAGGUCAAGUAUUAAUCAAGAUGAUUAAAAUAUUCUCAGAUGGGGGUAUGUCAUGUUUGAUUCUGCCUUUCCCUUUUUCUUCCCCCAACCAAUGUAAUAGAUAGAGUAGCAGAAAGGAAAACCCUUUAAAAUAAGUUUGUAGCUUGGAGUGGUGUCGGCAAAAAUUUGGACAAGACACGUCCCCUUUCAGCCAGGCACACAUAUAGCAUGGAUGAAAAUAGUAAUGCAAUAGAUGAUGGGGAGAUGGUAGAGAGUUCAAGUGGAAAGGAGUUGGCCACAAAUGGUGUUGGAGCUGAAGGGCGGUUGAAUGUGGAACCUUGUGUGGUGGAUGAAAUCAAUAAUGCAACAGAUGAUGUGGGGAUGGUAGAGAGUUCAAGUAGAAAGGAGUUCACCACAAAUGGUGUUGAAGCUGAAGGGCGUUCGAAUAUGGAACCUUAUGUGGGUAUGGAAUUUGAAUCAGAAGAAGCUGCUAAAGCAUACUAUAGCACAUAUGCAACGCAUAUCGGGUUUAUCAUGCGAGUAGAUGCAUUUCGACGAUCUAUGCGUAAUGGAGAGUUGGUGUGGCGUCGGCUUGUGUGUAAUAAAGAGGGUUUCAGUAAAACUAGACAAAGUCAGAAUGGAAAUAGGAAGUGCAGAGCAAUUAGGGAAGGAUGUAAGGCGAUGAUAAUUGUGAAGAAAGAACAAUCUGGAAAAUGGGUUGUUGCUAAAUUAGUGAAGGAACACAAUCAUCCACUGGUUGUCAAACCUGUUAAUACCUGUAAAGGUGCAAUCUUUUGUCAAACACCGGAUGAUAAAGACGUCAAGAUCCGGGAAUUAACAGCAGAGCUACAGAAGGAGCGUAUAAGAUCUGCUGCUUUACAGGAGCAGCUAGAUAUGGUUUUGAAAGAUAUGGAGGAUCACUCAGAGCAACUGUCAAAGAACAUUAAUGACAUUGUUAAAAGUGUGAAAGAAUUAGAAUCAAGAAAAAAUGUCUCUCCAAAUGGCUGAUAGCUACUGUAGCCUUUUUUCCUUUCUCUUUGGAAAAUAGUAACAUAGGCCCGUAAAUUAUUCGAAAGUCUUAGUUAAACCUUGUGUACUGUUAAUCUGAAACAGAAUCCUUAUACUCCUGCUUUUUUGUUGUAAAAUUCCCUGUUUACUAUGAGUGAGGUGUCAUGUUCAAGGGCAUUUUCGCA